AUGAUCUGUCAGUGGUUACAUCUGACUAGGCUGUCGCUGCUGCUGCUGCUGCUAGUGGUAGUCGCGCCGUUCAGCGCAGCCAAAUCGGAUGGACCGAAGAUAGCUUUGAAGGAGCUCACCACCGAGCCCAGAUCGCCGUUCUAUUUCGAGAAUUCUGACACCGUGCUUUUUCUGAGCCCGGCGACCGGCGAGGUUUAUCAAUCGUUCGAUGGCGGCGUGGAGUGGAAAGUGGUUGGCGGCAAUGAUGAUGAUGACGACGACGACGGAGGGUUAGAUAUGAAGAAUGCCGCUAUAAUGAUUCAGCCACACCCAUUUGAUAAUAAAAAGGCUUAUAUUUUGGGCCGUCAUGGAACUCACUGGGUUACGACAGAUCAGGGUAGAACAUGGAGUCCGUUCUCGAUCCCUGCGGGACCGUCGAUGUUCAAUGAGCCACUUAAGUUUCAUGGCGGUGACUCCUCGAAGGUCAUCUUUCAGGGGGAACGGUGCUCGGCUUUCCGGUGUAUGGAGACUGCAUAUGUCACUCUAGACGAUUUCGAGACUGUCUCACCACUUCGCGAUAAUGCCAGAGGUUGUUUAUGGGCUGUUGGAACGCCGGCAUUCGCGGAUUCGGUGGCCGAUAUCGAUGAUGAAAUUGGCAAUCGCGUCUUUUGUAUUGCCCAUGGACUCAAAAAUCCCUUUGCUUCCGCGUACCGUCUUGUCUACUCGGAUGAGUUCUUCGAGGAUGAUGAAGAUGGGAUUGAAGUGAAGCUCAAUGAUGGACGGCCUGUGGCGGGUAUCAUCAACGCGGCUUCGCGCACCAAGUAUAUCGUUGUUGCAGCCAAAUCUCAGGGCACGGAUGAGUUGGCGAUGUUUGUGACCGAUGACGCAAUGGUGUGGCAUCGCGCGGAGUUUGGAAACCACAAAAUCGAAGAAGACGCGUAUACGGUACUGGAAGGGACAAACUAUAGCAUCCAGGUGGAUGUUAUGAAUACUGAACGACCGGUGAAUAUGGGUGUGCUCUUCACGUCGAAUUCUAAUGGCACUUACUUCACGCGCAACAUCGAGCACACGAAUCGUGACAUGUCUGGAUUGGUGGAUUUUGAAAAAAUCGCCGGCGUCCAGGGUAUUGUGUUGGUCAAUGUUGUGGAUAACUGGGAGGAAAUCGAGGGUCUCACCAGCAGGGAUAGAAAGGUUGUCAGUAAAAUUAGUUUCGAUGACGGACGCACAUUUCAGUCUCUGAAAGUGAACGAUGAGGAUCUGCACUUGCAUUCUGUGACCGCAUUCGAAAACAUUGGCCGAGUUUUCUCCAGUCCUGCCCCGGGUAUUGUUAUGGGGGUUGGUAAUACUGGCAGUUACUUGAAGAACUACGUGAGCGAUGGCGACCUUUACGUCUCGGAUGAUGCUGGUGUCACUUGGCGUCUGGGACUCGAGAAGCCACACAAGUACGAAAUGGGCAACAAGGGCGCUGUUGUCGCAGCUAUCCAAGACGAUGGAAAGCCCACGAACAAGAUCCAGUUUUCCAUCAACCAUGGGAAAGAGUGGGAGUCCGCUGAAUUGGAACAGGAGAUUAUCCCGUAUAUUCUGACCACCACGCCAGACUCAUCAAGUCUGAAAUUUCUUCUUAUUGGUUAUGCCGAUGAUUUUAGCAAGUGGUAUGUGUACUCAAUUGAUUUUGAGGGACUUCACGAGAGGGAGUGCAAGGACAGUGAUUUUGAAGACUGGCCUGCGCGCCUGAACGAGAAAGGGGAGCCCGGUUGUCUUAUGGGCCACGAGCAAUUCUACCGCCGGCGGAAAUCCGAUGCAAACUGCUUCAUCACGGAGAAUCUCUUCAAGACUCCUACACCUAAAUUCAAGGCCUGCAAAUGUACCGAGGAAGACUUUGAGUGCGAUUAUAACUUCGUGCGUUCCGAAGAUCGAAAGGAGUGUAUUCCUGCAUCUAUCCUUAAAGCUCCCGAAGGCACGUGUAAGAAGGACGGCGACACUUUCAAAGGUCCCUCGGGAUGGAGGCUGAUUCCUGGAAAUGCUUGCCUUCGCGAUGGAGGUGUGCAACUGGACAAAGAGAUUGAUCGCCCAUGCAAGGAUGCCGAGAAGGUACCAUCAGGCGAUGCUAAAGACAUUAGCGCGACAGUUAACUAUAUUGAUUCCGCCAAGUUUGAGGAGUUUUUCUACCUGGAAAGAGCCGGUAGCAGUCGAGGAGAAGACGAAACCAUCGUUAUGCGAACUUCGGAUGGCAAACUCUACGUGACUCAUGACCACGGCAAGACCUGGACUCACGAGCUCGCCGACGUCAAGGUGCAAGAGAUUGCGCCACAUCGCUACUUGAACGACAGGGCGUUUUUCCUGACUAACGGCCAAAAGCACUUUUUCACGAUCAACCGCGGAGAGACCUUUGAUUCAUUCAGCGCCCCCGAGGACAAGAACCCGAGCGGCCUGACGCUGACUUUUCACUCGAAGUACAAGGAUUGGAUGAUCUGGACGGGUGCUACUGAUUGCCAACAUGGCACGUGUCCAAAGACUUCCUACGUUACGAAACAUCGAGGCGAUGAUUGGGAAGUGUUACUGCGCACGGUCGAGAAGUGCGAGUUUAUGGCGCGGGAAGACCGAGGGGAAGAGAGCAAUGAUCUCAUUUUCUGCGAUCAACAUGAAGCUGAGAAUGUGAAUGGUCAACGCAUGCUGCUCACAAGUACCGAUUUCUUUGAUACCUCCGAGACGCCACUGUCCAAUAUAAUCGACUUUGCGACGAUGGCUGAAUUUAUCAUCGUAGCCACGCGUAACCCUGAAAAUGAAAAUUCGCUGAAAGUCGACGCCAGUGUUGAUGGCGUCACGUUUGCCGACGCCGAGUUUCCUGUCAAUUUGGAAGUGCCCGUGCAAUUGGCAUACACGGUUCUGGACAGUUCUACACAUUCGGUCUUCUUGCAUGUGACGGUCAACAACGAGAUGGACCAGUCCUACGGUUCGCUCAUCAAGAGCAAUAGCAACGGUACCUCUUACGUACUGAGCAUCAAUGGCGUCAAUCGCAACAACGGCGGCUAUGUGGACUUUGAGAAGAUGCAGGGUCUGGAAGGCGUAGCCAUGGUCAACGUUGUCAGCAAUACCGAGGAUGUCGAAAGGGGAAGCGAGAAGAAGUUGAAAAGCAUGAUCACACACAACGAUGGUGCGCAGUGGACUCUUUUGUCGCCCCCAUCCAAGGAUUCCGAGGGUAAAAGCUACAGCUGUGGCUCGGAUGGCAAGGCAACUGAGAAAUGCUCUCUACAUCUUCACGGAUACACGGAAAGAAGGGAUCCUCGCGACACCUUUGCAUCUGUAUCGGCAAUCGGCCUCGUGUUUGGCGUUGGGAAUGUCGGCGAGUCACUAAGCAGCAAAUCCGAUAGCAAUACAUUUUUCAGUCGAGAUGGCGGCAUCAGCUGGAAAGAGGUCAAGAAGGGUAACUACAUGUGGAAAUUCGGCGAUCAGGGGUCUAUCCUGGUUCUCGCCGAAGAACUCAAACCUACGCGCGUGAUCUAUUUCAGCAUGGACGAGGGAGACACGUGGGAGGAAUACCAGUUUUCAGACAAAGAGGUUGCAGUGCAGAGCCUUUCGACUGUACCAUCGGAUACGUCGAAGAAUUUCUUGCUAUGGGGUAAAGAGACAAGCUCUGGCAAGCUUGUCACUGUGAAUUUGGACUUUAGUGGAUUGCGUGACCGAACGUGCAAUCUGGAUGAAGACUCCGGCGAGGGUGAGGAUUACUAUCUGUGGGAGCCCAAACAUCCGCUCCAGGAAGGGAACUGUCUGUUUGGCCAUGUGGAGCAGUAUCAUCGCAAGAAGCCGUCGUCGCAUUGCUGGAAUGACUGGUCUGAGGUGCAUGUACAUCGAAUUUCACACAACUGUACUUGCACUCGCGAAGACUUUGAGUGUGACUACAACUAUGAACUCCAAACCGAUGGAAGGUGUGCAUUAGUGCCAGGUCUUCCUAAACCAAACGCAAUCGACUAUUGCAAACAAAACCCAGAUGCUGUGGAGUACUGGGAACCAACCGGAUACCGACGCAUUCCACUUACCACAUGUAUUGGUGGUGCCAACCUAGAUCGCUUAGUAUUACAUCCCUGCCCGAACCACGAAGAAGAAUACGAACGUAAACACGGGGUUAGCGGCGUUGUCAUCUUCUUUGCUAUAGUCAUUCCAUUCGCUCUAGCAGCGGCCGCAGGAUACUGGGUGUAUACACGCUGGGAUGGGAAAUUCGGACAAAUCCGGCUGGGCGAAGGUGGUGGAGGAGCGAGAUCGUCAUCGUUCACAGCAAACGGUUCGCCGUUUAUUGCGGUACCAGUGGCGAUUAUCGCGGGCGCAGUUGCUGCUGUUAAAGUGCUGCCAUUGCUGGGUAUGAGUCUCUGGCGGAAUGUCAGCGGAUAUGUACGUUUACCCGGUCGCGGGGGACCGCGUCCGUAUGCGACGAGGGGCGCGUUUGCAGCUCGGAGGGACGAUUAUACUAAUAUCAUGGAGGAUGAGGAUGAGUUGUUGGGCGAUGAUGAGUUUGAGGAUGAAGAGGAGGAGGCGUGA